AUGGUCGCACACAUCGAUGGGAAUGCGAAUCGUUCCCACCACGGUGACGUCCCACCGAUAACGGGUCAGCCCUCCACGAUGUCAUGGACGUCGCAAACCAACGGGCCUGAGAUUGAAGCCGCUCGCCCUCCGUUGACUUCGCACCAAUCGAACUCCCUUCCCUCUACCCCAUAUCAACAUGCGCGCAAACUCACCUUACACUCUCGGUCGCCGUCCCCCGUCCGCGGAAGCACCUCCCCUCGAUCCACACACUCCGAAGCAACACAUCUACCCCUCUCUGCGCGGCAACCCCUCGGCCGAUGUAAAUAUGAGACUGCCAUGUCUGCAUAUCGACGACGGAUGCCGUAUAGUCUGGGUGCAGAUGUAUUACCAGAGCAGAAGGAAGGGUUGAAGGAACGCUUGGAGCCGAAGGAGGAGAAAAAAUUGACCACAGAUAUUAUGGACCUCUACGAUCGAUUAUUACCUUCUGCCGAGAGUGAUGACCGAAGGCGACAACUAGUUCGGAAGUUGGAGAAGCUUUUCAAUGAGCAGUGGCCUGGUCAUGAGAUCAAGGCAAAUAUUUUUGGCUCGUCCGGGAACAAACUCUGUUCUAGUGACUCGGAUGUGGAUAUUUGUAUCACGACGAAUUUCAAGGCUCUGGACCAGGUGUGUCUGCUGGCGGCAGUGUUGGCCGAUCACGGAAUGGAACGUGUUGUCUGUGUGUCACAUGCAAAGGUCCCUAUUGUCAAAAUUUGGGAUCCUGAGCUGCGGCUGGCCUGUGACAUGAAUGUGAAUAAUACCCUUGCGCUAGAAAACACUCGCAUGAUUCGAACAUACGUCGAAGUGGAUGAUCGAGUACGGCCAUUGGCAAUGUGUGUGAAAUAUUGGACGAAACGACGAGUUCUCAAUGAUGCUGGACUCGGCGGCACCUUGAGCUCAUACACCUGGAUCUGUUUGAUCAUUAACUUUUUACAAACACGAGAGCCUCCAAUUCUCCCAAGUUUGCAAGCUCGUCCUCACAAUAAGAAAAUCACGCCUGAUGGGUUACUGUGUUCCUUUGAUGACAAUCUCGACAUACUGUCUCAAUUUGGUCGGAAGAAUCACCAAUCCGUUGGAGAGUUACUGUUUGAAUUCUUCCGAUAUUAUGGGCAUGAAUUGGACUUUGAAACUAACGUCAUCUCCGUGCGAGAAGGCAAAUUGGUUAAUAAGGAUGCCAAAAAUUGGCACAUAGGCAUGAACAACCGUCUCUGCGUGGAGGAACCCUUCAACACGUCAAGAAACCUGGGCAAUACCGCCGACGAUACAUCGUUCCGUGGACUACACUUGGAAUUACGCCGGGCUUUCAAAUCUGUUGCCAAGGGGGAUCUGGCAGAGUGCUGUGAGCAGUUCGAGUUUCCACAAGAAGAGGAGCGGACAUGGGAACGACCACCACCUCAACCUCGGCCAACUCUUACUCCUUCACUCCCGUCACGAGGUGGGCGAGGUGGUAGUCGUGGCGGCAGAUUCGGCAAUCAGACCUCGAGAGGUGGACUUGGUGGACGUCGGACGUCAAACACCGGGAACAAGGCAAACUUCCGGCAACCCAACACCGGCAAUGUGCCAGAUAUCUCACUUCAAGCACAACAGCAGGCCCAAUAUCUUUUGCAUGAUCAACUUUAUCAGCAAAUCCAGCUUCUGCAGGCGCAGGAGCAGGAAUUGCGGAUGCAGCUACACAACCAAGCAUUGGUCACCGGAAGGCCGCCACCAGUAUUCAUUCGACAGCCUUUCAUUCAGUUCCCAGUGCCACAACAGCAAGAGUUUGGCGAUGAUAGCACACGGUCACGCUCAGGGACAGGGACGGCUAGUCAAUCAACACUUAGCCCAACGCAACGACAACAAACAUUCUACAGCCCUAGCUAUGCUGCAGUUGGUGCCGCUGGCACACAAGGCAGCACCACAAACCCUCCCUCGCCGUCGGCUGCUUCUGCUCUGCCUGAUCUUGGUCGUAACACUCGUCGUGAAUCUGUUGUCAAUGGAUCCCCAAAGUCUCUUCGAGCCCAUUCGCAGCCUGCACGCCCUCAAAACUCACCCUCGCUUCCCACCUACGUCCCAGUCUAUACCAUCCCACAACCAGUGGAGGGCUGGCCUAAGCACCAGCCGGCUCCUGAAUCAUCAGAGGGCGGGGAAGGCAGCGGAGAUGAGCACGCUAUUCGAUCAAAUAGCCUUGCCAGCAAUGGAUCGCGUUCAGAUUCGGUUGAUGAGAACCGACAGCAAGAAGUUUUGAGUUAUUACAUGACUCCUCAACAACUGCAAGCAUACCAGCAAGGUUCCAUGAUGUCACCGAUUUCCGCGCAAAUGGGCUUGCAGAUCCCCAAUGGCUAUUCCUAUGUUCCUGUUCAGCAAGAGUACCGGCAAGGGUCGUUCUCAUCAGGUACUGCUCGUUCUGACCAGAACUCGGCCCCAAAGUCUUCAUCGCAGCCGGCCAAGUCUCCUUCGCGGCCGAUUGUUGCCGGUCCAUUGAUUGUCGAUGGCUCAGUCCCUCCAAGCGAAUCCCGCUCAUCAUAUGCGUCGGAAUUUGUUGAUCCCUAUUCUGCUAUCAGCCACUACACUUCAACCUCAGAUGACCACAACAUGAACACUCCUGCCAGUUUUUCAGACUCCUUGUCUCAGGAUUAUCAGGAUUCGGGGUCGUUUGAUGAUAUAGAGCAUUCUACCGUUCUCAACCGGCCGUCCAUUGAGACCCAGCAGGUGAACGGUGUGAACGGCGUGAACGGCGUGAACGGCGUGAAUGGAGUCAAUGGCGUGAACGGCGAAAGGACAGACACAAAUGGUCGGCCUGAGCUUCUCUCCGAUCGGUUGCAGAACUACUAUUCGUCAGCCGCCAAGCUGUCUCAACAGACUGCAAAGACAAGUCCGGAGAGACCAAAGAAUGGCACAGCACAGAGUACAAGCAAGGACUCUCAGCCUCGCAACACAGGCUCGGGUGACAAACCUGCCUCUGGAUCAAAUGAAAACCGGCAUCAAACACCCAACUCAAAGCGUCGAACGAAUGGCGACACAUCUGACAAGACAAACGGCGUCAAUGGUAAAACCAAGCCCAAAGGCCGUCACGAUGCGCCUCAUCACAACCCCCAGGGUUCGAAGGACCGACACGGGGAUCACCCUCCCCGAAAGACUGGCGGCCAUACCAACGGCACGAACGACACGAACCACGGCGGCUGGCAAACCACUAAGAAGAAAAACCGCAAAAACACCAAAUCAACUAGCGACUCUCGACAUGGGAUCCACGGGGGUCCAGAGUCCCUUCCAGCAGACGAAUCCCUGCGAAAAGGCGGCUGA